AUGACAGGUGCUGAAAUACCUUGGUUUGGGUACUUGUCACAGGCUCACAUAACCCAUAAAUCAAAUCCAAUGAUCUCGUCUUCUUGUUUGACUGGUACUGGAUCAUCACAUGUCAAUUCACUCAAAGGUCAUAAAGAUUGUUUCCAGCAGAUGCUUUCCGCCAGAUACCUCUCCUUCCACACACGACUAAGUGCAUUACUGGUCUCUUUGGGGCACAAGAAAUGUGCCGCCAAGAAAGAAGCUGAGAAAAUUAUUAGAUGGUUGGGUUCAAAUGGGGAUGGAUACAUUGACUUGGAUGAUAUUUUGAAUGUUAUAACUAACUGUGGCAGCGAGAAAGAUGAUCUUAUGGAUGCUUUUCUUAUAUUUGACAUCGAUGAGAAUGGAUUUAUAUCAGCUAAGAAGCUGAACCAGGUACUGACUGGCCUAGGUUCCAAGCAAUGUGAUCCUGAGGAAUGUUUUCUGAUGAUGAAAGGAGUUGACAAGGAUGGAAAUGGGCUUGUAGAUUAA